CGGAGGGAGGGAGGGAUGGGUCCGCUGUAGGUGAAGAAAGACACUUCUGAGCACUUUCCCACGCAGUUAGGACAACUUUCUGUCAUGGCACUCUGUGGGAAACGUUUCUCGGUCGUUCCGACAGCGGCUCUAGCAAGUUUUAACGUUUUUACAUCCAUGUUUUGGUGCUACUAGGGCAUUAAUCUUUCUGGGCAUGACAGAUAAAGAUUAGUUAGCAUGCUAGCGAGCUAGCCGCACACCCUCAGCAUCACACAGCGACCACACCUGCCGCUGAAAGUGUGGCUGCAGGUCUCUAGCAGACAUGGGCAAACUACAGAGCAAGUUUCGUAAGAGGUCUGACCUCUACAGAGCAUCUCAGGGAGAGAAGGCAGAUAAUGCCUUUGACAGCCAGGUGGUGCAGUAUGAACCUGCCCAUCAAGGGUCCACCAACACUGUCACCAAUCUCAGCCCAGAUCUGUGUGUUUCUGGUGGGAGUGACCAGGCUGUGGUGGUAUACGACUGGAAACAAGGCCGGAUGUGUCAGUCCUUCCAGGGUCACAACCGAGAGGUUACCAAGGUGGUGUGUUAUCCAGGCAGCACAUGGAUAUUCAGUGCCUCACGGGACAAGACUGUUCUGAUGUGGGACCUGAACCAGGGGGACGAACCUAUUCAGGAAUAUUGUGGGCAUGAGUUGGUGGUCAAUGGACUAGCUAUCAGCCCUGAGGGGAGAAAGCUCUGCACCGGCUCUCGUGACAACUGGAUGUGCCUGUGGGAUAUAGAAUCUGCAAAAUGUGAACAGAGACACAACAUUUCUAGAAACCUGGUGACUCAUGUGUGUUGGGUGCCAGGCAGCUCCUCUAUAGUCCAGACCUCUGAGGAUAAGACCAUAAGGGUGUGGGACAGCCGUGCAUGGCAGGUGACCAACACUUUUCCAGCCAAGCAGUACAUCCAGACCCACUGUGACGUUUCUGCAAAUGGACACUACUUGGUGUCCAGCAGCAACGGCUUUGGAGGACAGGGCUGUGAAGCCACGCUCUGGGACCUGCGUCAGCCUGGCUGUAAAGUUGUGGAGUACAGAGGUCAUCUCCAGACCACUGCCUGCUGUAUGUUUCUGCCUACGCCUCCUGGUGGCGCAGCCCAGGUAGCAACGUCCUCCCAUGACAGCUCCGUCAAAAUCUGGGAUCAGAACACAGCAGCCUGUUUAGCCACGUUGUCUCUGGAUGGUGCUGGUCCGCUGAUUUGUCUGGCACCCACUGACUCGACCAACAUGCUGUGUGCCAGCUUUAACAACGGCCUCCAUCACAUCCAGCUGGGCCACGGAUCAAACCAGGCUCAGGUCUCCGGGGCAGGUUCAGGUGGAGCUGGUGGUCUGGACAUAAAAGUCGUGGCGCGCUUCUGACAGCCCAGAGGAGCCUGGUGUGACUUGUAACCCUGACCUGUGAACAGACGGUGACUCAGCGCGGUGUGACUCACUGGAUAUGGACAUCAUGACAGUUCUUUUGCUUUUGUCUUUACUUUUUUUUCUACAAUUUUACACGUCUAUAGACAUUUUUGCUUUACUAGACUGCCAUACGAUGAAGAAUGACAGAUGAGAGCAGCGAGAGGACAUGUACGGAGGAUGCACCUUUUGUCCAGCAAAGCCACCUGGAUGCCCAUCAUAGCUGCUCCUCUGGGAGACUGGUCUGUAAGUCACAUUACCUAUUCAUUAAUGAGACUAUAAAUAUCAAAAUGAUCCUGCUGCCUUCUUGGAUCAAAUCAGAGUAACUGGGGAUUACCCUCAGAUUUUUUACAAUGCUCCAGCUAGGUGGAUUGGACGAGAAGUUUUGUGCACGUUGCUUUUAUUGUUGCUGAUGAAUACAUGUUUGAAGGACAUCAUGCAGCCGGAGAGGUGUUGAGAAUGUGGGAGCGCUCAUAGAACAGGAAAAAACAGCUAUUUGGUCAAGUGUUGGUUCUCUUAACUCUGACAGAGAGGUGGAAGCCAAAUAGUUUUUCAUACUAAAAGUAUGUCAUUGGUUUUUCCUGGAUAAACUGUAGUAGGUGCAGUCAGACCUGCAGAUCUUAUUUGUCAAACACUUAAAGUUUUUAUCACUGUAACAGAGUAAUUCAGAACAUGUGUAUGUUGAUAAAUAUCUGUUGAUUAGCUCAUAGCUUUAACCUGUCAAGUGUUAGACCAAAUGAAUAUGACAGGAGACUGUAUGAUCAUUGGCUUUGUUUUUAUGUAGAAAUCAAUUCAUGAUGGUUUUUAAAGAUACAGAUUCUGAUAUUUUUUAACUGAAGCUGCCGAUAGCUGAUGUCUGGUGCAGAUAUCCAAUAUUUUUAAAUCUGAGAAUUACUAUGCAAAAUACAGAGUAAUUCCCUUUUUAAAAAAGUAUUGUUUUAAUAAACAGAUGGGAAUAAAAAGAUGUUGCAAGUACAAAAA